AUGGAUUUAUUCAAGAAACAGAAGUCAAGUAUCUCCUCUGCCUUGUCAAAACAAACAAAGGAAACUAUGAGUGCUUAUAGGAAACGACUUGAAGCUUCGAUCGAAACUAUACAAUGGCUUCUACUCCAAGGAUUAUCUUUCCGUGGUCACGAUGAAAAAGAAAGUUCCUUGAGAAGAGGUAACUUUAUCUUGUUGUUGACUCUUCUUUCAAAAAAAGAUCCUGAAUAUUCAAAAGUUGUUUUUAAAAAUGCUCCUGGUAAUUGUCAACUUACUUCUCCAAUUGUCCAAAAAGAUAUCAUAAAUGCAUGUGCAAAAGAGACAACUAAAGCAAUCAUUAAAGAUAUUGAUGGUGGUUUCUUUACUAUCUUGGCUGAUGAGUCUGCUGAUGUUUCUGAUAAGGAACAAAUGGCUCUUUGUUUGAGAUAUGUGAAUAAAAAGGGAGAAGUUUGGGAGCGUUUACUUGGUAUUGUGCAUGUUUCCGAUACUACUUCUUUGACUCUUAAAACUGCUAUAGAGUCAUUGUUGAUGGAGUAUUCUUUGUCUUUCUCUCAAGUACGAGGUCAGGGUUAUGAUGGGGCAAGUAAUAUGCAAGGUUCAAUUAAUGGCCUUAAGACUCUAAUACAGAAUGAAUGUAAACAAGCAUACUUUGUCCACUAUUUUGCUCACCAACUUCAGUUGACUCAAGUUGCACUUGCUAAAAAAAACUCUAAUUUUGCUUGGUUAUUUGCUGAUGUACUUGCCCCUCUCUUGAACUUUGUGGGAGGUUCACCGAAGAGGAAAGAAUUUCUUCGUGAAAAACAAGCUCAAAGAAUUGUGGAAGCAUUGUCUUCAGGUGAACUUGAAACAGGGUCGGGUUUAAAUCAAGAACGUGGGUUAGGUAGACCUUGUGACACUCGUUGGGGAUCUCAUUUCAAAACAAUAUUGAAUGUGCUUGAUUUAUAUCCUUCAAUCCUUGGGUCGCUUGAUGACAUUGCAGAAGUCUCUGAUGCACUUGAUUCUAACAAAGCACAAACUAUUACAAAUUUGUUGAUGUCUUUUGAUUUUGUAUUUGUGGCACAUUUGAUGGUUGGUAUCUUUGGGAUAACAAAUAACUUGAAUGUGGCAUUACAAAAACGUGAUCAAGACAUUGUAAAUGCAAUGCGAAUGGUUAAUGUGACCAAGAUUAAUUUGCAAGAGAUGAAGAUGAAGGUGGGAUUCUCAUAUGGAGAAGAUAAGCUAAUUCACUGCAAGAUAGAACCAAAGACGCAGUUGGAAGCUUUUAUGUGCUCCUUUGUCUAUGGGUCUAAUGAUAAAAAGGAGAGAAUCACAUUAUGGCAAUCUUUUAUUCAGUUGAAGACUAGCAUCCCAUGGAUUGUAUUGGGGGAUUACAAUGUGGUUCUGAAUAUGGAUGAAAGGGUGGGCUCUAGAGUGAGGUUACAUGAGGUAGCUGACUUCAUAGAGUGUGUUGAGCAAUGUGAGUUAGCAGACUUGGAACAAUGUGGAAGGUUCUUCACUUGGACCAAUAAGCAAGAUGUAGAUAGGAGGGUGUUUUAA